AUGAGUAAAAAUGGGAAGAGUAAAAAUGGGAAGAGUAAAAAUGGGAUGAGUAAAAACUGGAAAAGUAAAAAUGGGAAGAGUAAAAAUGGGAUGAAUAAAAAUGGGAAGAGUAAAAAUGGGAUGAGUAAAAACUGGAAAAGUAAAAAUGGGAUGAGUAAAAAUGGGAAGAGUAAAAAUGGGAAGAGUAAAAAUGGGAUGAGUAAAUAUGGGAUGAGUAAAAAUGGGAAGAGUAAAAAUGGGAUGAGUAAAAACUGGAAAAGUAAAAAUGGGAAGAGUAAAAAUGGGAUGAAUAAAAAUGGGAUGAAUAAAAAUGGGAAGAGUAAAAAUGGGAAGAGUAAAAAUGGGAUGAGUAAAAACUGGAAAAGUAAAAAUGGGAAGAGUAAAAAUGGGAUGAAUAAAAAUGGGAUGAGUAAAAAUGGGAUGAGUAAAAACUGGAAAAGUAAAAAUGGGAUGAGUAAAAAUGGGAAGAGUAAAAAUGGGAUGAGUAAAAAUGGGAAGAGUAAAAAUGGGAUGAAUAAAAAUGGGAUGAGUAAAAAUGGGAUGAGUAAAAAUGGGAAGAGUAAAAAUGGGAAGAGUAAAAAUGGGAAGAGUAAAAAUGGGAUGAGUAAAUAUGGGAUGAGUAAAAAUGGGAAGAGUAAAAAUGGGAUGAGUAAAAACUGGAAAAGUAAAAAUGGGAAGAGUAAAAAUGGGAUGAAUAAAAAUGGGAUGAAUAAAAAUGGGAUGAGUAAAAAUGGGAAGAGUAAAAAUGGGAAGAGUAAAAAUGGGAUGAGUAAAAACUGGAAAAGUAAAAAUGGGAAGAGUAAAAAUGGGAUGAAUAAAAAUGGGAUGAGUAAAAAUGGGAUGAGUAAAAACUGGAAAAGUAAAAAUGGGAUGAGUAAAAAUGGGAAGAGUAAAAAUGGGAUGAGUAAAAAUGGGAUGAGUAAAAAUGGGAAGAGUAAAAAUGGGAUGAAUAAAAAUGGGAUGAGUAAAUAUGGGAUGAGUAAAAAUGGGAAGAGUAAAAAUGGGAAGAGUAAAAUGGGAUGA